AUGGAGAAGCAGGGAAUUCUCGUCUACGGUGCCACAGGCACCACUGGUACGCUCAUAGCCCAAAAGAUCAAGGAGGUGGGCCUUCCAGCCACUCUCGCUGGGAGAAAUCUGCAGAAGCUACAGUCGAUUGGCAAGGCUGUUGAUCUGCCUGUAGCAGCAGUGGACUUGAACGAUACGCAGGGAUUGGUGGAGCUGGUGGGGAAGCACAAGGUGGUGCUGCACGUGGCUGGGCCCUUUACAAUCACGUCCAAGCCCAUGAUUGAGGCGUGCAUCAGCACUGGCACCCACUACCUCGAUGUCACUGGGGAGUUCAAGGUGAUGGAGCAUGCGCGCACAUAUGAUGCCACAGCCAAGGAAAAGGGCAUUAUGAUUCUCCCUGCUGUCGGCUUUGACGUUAUUCCGGGAGGGCGGGGACCCUCUGUCCACCCCACCCAACGCUCUGCCGUCCAACGGCACGCUGAUAUCGGGCGCCAAGCACAUUCUGACGCUGGGAGGGCUGGACUUAUUGCUGCUGUCUUUCUUUCUCCAUUACCCUUCCGUCAUUUGUGCCAGGGCGAGGACCCUCUGUCCAAACCACCCAACGCCCUGCCGUCCCACGGCAUGCUGAUAUCGGGCGCCAAGCACAUUCUGACACUGUCUAUUUUAACCCCAAUACUUGAAUCCCAACAACCUCCCAACCAACAGGGCGAGGACCCUCUGUCCAAACCACCCAACGCCCUGCCGUCCCACGGCACGCUGAUCUCGGGCGCCAAGCACAUUCUGACACUGUCUUUUUUAACCCCAAUACUUGAAUCCCAACAACCUCCCAACCAACAGGGCGAGGACCCUCUGUCCAAACCACCCAACGCCCUGCCGUCCCACGGCACGCUGAUCUCGGGCGCCAAGCACAUUCUGACACUUGGGCGCUCCUUCCUCAUUCGCAAGGAGCUGCCCCCUCGUUCCACCAUGUCCUUCCCAGCAGCUCGUCUUUGCACCACCUCCCUCUCCACACCUCCCUUUCAAUCCAGCAGCCUUGCUUCUGUGCCUCUCUUCCCCGUCACCCCCCUCCCAGUGGUCGCUCCUUACUCAUUCGCAAGGAGCUUCCGCCUCUCUCCACCAUGUCCUUCCCAGCAGCUGAGCUCUUCAGCACCUCCCUCUCCACAACCCUUCUCUUCCAUCCACACCUAUCCCCCCCUCCCCCCUUGCAGUGGUCGCUCCUUCCUCAUUCGCAAGGAGCUUCCGCCUCUCUCCACCAUGUCCUUCCCAGCAGCUGAGCUCUUCAGCACCUCCCUCUCCACCUCCAUUCCCAACAUCACUGUCUACGUGCCAGGUAAAUCUUCCUGGGUGACGUCACUGUUCAUCCGCAUCAUUCAGUUCGCCGCCCGGGUCUGGCCCUUCACCGUCCUCCUCGAGAAAGCCAUCCGAAUGCUGCCCACCCCAGACACCACCCCGGUAAGUAUUUGA